CCACUGUCACAGUCCCGGUCUGACUGUACGACGCUCAGGAAAGAGAUUUGAGGCGUGUUGAAGUAAGGAUAAAUUAAGAGUGCAGGGGUGUGCUGAUCUGCGAAUAACACAUUUGUUCUUCACACGCCCCGAAAACAGAAGCGCUAUAAAUACACCGGACAUAGAGAGCCAAGGUCAACGGCCGCUACUGGAAGAUUCACUCCCCGCCGGGGUCAGAGGUCACUCCAAAAACAUGGCGGCUUCCAGGAGGGUAUCCGUGGUACUGAAGGCUGUGAGGAACAUAACCGUUCAGUUUUGUCCGUUCGAAUCCAAUGUCAGGUCGACACGGGAGUUUCUGGCAAAGGUUGCUUCAGACAAGGCCCGAGCUACCAACAUGAACUGUGAGGUGAUAACCACGGUGAAACAUGACCGGUCCGAGCCCGUCGUGGAUAUAACUUACGUAGAUGGAGAGAGGCUGGUGAUGAAGGGAGCAAAGCUGACCAGCAGUGAAAUGCUGGCAGCUUUUCAGUCCCGCUGCGCUGCCAAGGAUCGACAGACAGCUGCUGCCAAAAAGUGACCCCCCCCCCCCCCCCCGCCCCCCUCGCUUGUCCAUAUAAGAGUUUAUUUGCAUUUAAAUAUAUUUGUAUCUGUGUAUAUUCUCAGACAUGUAUUAUUAAAGAAAAAAAAGACAUAACUUACUCGUAUACUGCUUCUGGUUUUAUUUGGGGUUGGAUACACAUUCAAGGCUUUUGUAGCUGUCACUUUUUACAAUAUAAAUGAUAAUCAGGGUGAUCUCCCCAUUCACUGUGCACCGUUUCUACAUGCGGAUGAGAUCAGUUAGGAUGUUAAUAAUCUGUGCUGAUGGGGUCAGAGUGUGUCCUUGCAAAACCUGUGGAUUUUCUGAUGAAAGAGUCUGUCCCAGGAUUUUAGGAGCCAUUGUGCAAGCUGCUAACUUUGACAUAGCGGGCAGUAAAUAUGGUUUGGCACAAAGACUCCAAGUUGACCCUCACAGAAAGGGAAAAGCUUCCACUCAGUCAUAAAUAAAUGUUAUCCCACCCUCUGAACUCCUCACCAUCUGAUUCGUUAUUUCAUAAUUUGUUAAACUUUCAAACUUCAUCAAAUUUCUGUUAUUUUUCUGUUUAUUAAAAAAAAUAGGUUCAGACCUCUCAAAAAGA